UGUCAGGCCUUUGGAGUGCUGAGUGAGCAGUGGGUCGCCAAAAACAGCUCAGAGGGGCAAGGGGAGUACAGCGGGGACACAGAGAGGAACAGACGGUGUCAUGGGAGACUCUGGAGACGGAACCAAAAUGGCCAGUAAAGUGAUGGAUCUGAUCUACUGGAAGGAUACGGAGAGAACCGGUGUGGUGCUCACAGGGAUAGUGGUGGGCUUACUGUCCUUGUUCCAGCUCAGCAUCAUCACCGUGGUCUCCACGGUCUCCCUGGCGGUCAUGUGCUUCACCAUCUCAGUGCGCAUCUACUACCAGCUCCUUCACGCCCUCAGCUGGGGAGAUGGACAACAUCCCUUCAAGUCGUAUUUGGACCUGGACAUCAGUUUCACUGGAGAGCACGCUGACUGCCUCAUGCGGAAAGCCAUCGUAAUGACUCUGUCUGCCGCUGACACGAUGAAGAACCUCUUUUUUGUUGGAAACCUUUUUGAAUCCCUAAAGUUCCUCUUUCUGCUGUACCUCGUGACGUACCUGGGGCACCUGUGCAAUGGCCUUACUCUGCUCAUCAUCAGUGUGAUUGUUUUAUUUUCCCUGCCACUUUUCUAUCAGCGGCGUCAGGAGGAAAUGGACGGCUACAUUGCAAAAGUCCAGGGCCGCAUUGACAGCAUCAAGGACACUCUGCAAAGACUCGCCACGGGUGGCGGCCCUCCAGCUGACUCAACUCCUGGCGGUGCCAAGCCCAAAGGCCAGUAAACACUUGUGGACGCCGACUCUCAGAGACGCUACCAGUUACAGACGGUCACUCGGAUGUCUUACUCACCAGUCUGCACUCAGAGCUCCAGAGGACAAUGCUCCAGACUCUGGGAAUGGGAAGGGGGGGUCGUUUAAAACAGCAAUGAUGAAGAUGACAUGUGGUACUGUAUUCUCUUACUGUAUCCAAGUAUUUAAGUUCUAGCGAGUAGAAGACGGGGUUGAGAUCAUUGUGCACCAUGAAACCAAGUUGUAACAAUCCUGGAUGAAACAUUUGCUGCUGUUGUCAGAGAGGGACAUUACCUUUUAGAAAUUUUGUUUUUUUUAAAACGAAUUGAAAAAAAAAAAAAAAACAGACUCAAGAAGUGUCUUAGAUGGAGCUGUCGUCCAAAUGAGGUACCAAGACCACAAGUGGGAAGUUCUCACACCGACAGCGAUACACCUGGGAACAGGGAAGUGAGUUGUUACGGUGAUUUAUAUGAUAAGACAAAAAAAAACAAACAGGGUUAAUCAGUAACCGUGGCAGCAUAAAACUGGAAGCAUGUGUGAGCACAUGCACAUUUCUGAAUGCAUAUUCAUUGUCAUGACUGUUUCUCUGUGUGUCUGCAAGUGUGUGUGUGUGAGAGAGAGUUUGAGUGUGUGUCUCAUUCGUGACAUCGUGCUGAAAGUACAUAUGAAAGUACAUAUGAAAGUCCUGCCCACAAACCAUUAAAGUCACAAUUCUUCUUUAUUUUCCAAA